AUGGAACACGGAACUUCUGCUAUUAGUAGCAAUAACGCCAUGGUGCCUGUCACGCAAGCAGUUUUAUUGCCUACUGCGAUUGUUUAUGUUAAGGAUAUUAAUGGCGAUUUACAAAAAUGCAGGAUGCUAAUUGAUUCAGGUAGCCAGGGCUCAUUUAUUCGGGAGCACUGUGUAAAUUUACUGCAGCUAAAGCGCACUAGUGCAAACAUAAGUGUAAAUGGCCUGAGCUCGCAAAAAAUUGCAAAGGUUUCAGGUUCAGUUCAAUUACAAGUAACAUCUCCAUUUUAUAAAAACGCAAGCAUUUCAGUUAAUGCAUUAAUCAUACCCAAGAUCACGUGUGACCUUCCUCAAUAUCAAGUUGAUAGAUCUGUUUCGACAUCUUUCAAACAUUUGUGGUUGGCAGAUACAAAUUGUUUCCAGCCUGGCCCAAUAGAUAUUCUUUUAGGCGCAGAUGUAUUUGGCGAGAUAAUGCUUCAUGGACGUUUAACUGUUCCGGGUCAUUCGUUAACAGCCUUGGAAUCAAUAUUCGGCUGGGUCAUUAUCGGAAAGACUAAACGUGUAUCACAGACAAUUGUAUCUAAUCAUGCUAGUUGUACCAAUGUUCAGCUCCAGCUUGAAAAAUUUUGGAAAUUGGAAGAAAUUUCGGAGAUAAAGCAUUACACAGAAGAGGAAACUGAAUGUGAAAAUCAUUUCAAGCGGAAUUUUUCUCGUGAUUCAAUAGGUAGAUUUGUUGUUAAUCAAUAUCACAAAUUUAUGGAGGACUAUCAACAACUUGGUCAUAUGGAAUUGAUUCCAGAAAAUGAAAUUGAUGUUCCAGCUAAUUCUAGUUUUUACCUUCCGCACCAUUCAGUUCUGGAUAAAAAUGGUGAUAAAUUUCGAGUCGUAUUUUAUGGUUCUGCAAAAUCUUCUAGCGACAAUGAUGAUACUAUAAAAACGUUAGGUAUCCUGUGGCAUCCAGCUUCAGAUAUGUUUUUAUUCAAAGUCAAUUCAUCAUAUCCUGAAGUCUUAACCAAACGAACAUUACUUUCAAUAAUCGCAAAGACCUUUGACCCUCUUGGAUGGUUGGCACCGAUCACGGUUCGGUAUAAAUUGAUUAUGCAAAGAUUGUGGAAACAUCAGUUGCAGUGGGAUGAAAAGGUUCCUCCAGAUAUUGAAUGUGAGUGGAAACAACUUACAGAAGAUAUGUUAUCCAUUAAAAGUAUCAAAAUUUCACGAUUCUUGUUGGUUGAAUCAGAUAACCAGUUUCAACUGCACGGGUUUUGUGACGCCUCAGAGAAGGCGUACGCCGCUGCAAUUUAUUAUCGUUCUGUGUUAGAUACUGGACAAAUCAAUGUUCAGUUGGUGAUAGCCAAGACAAGAGUUGCACCACUAAAAAACAUAUCAGUUCCCCGAUUGGAACUUUGUGGAGCAUUACUGUUGACUAAAUUAAUGGAUUUCUCCUGUAGGGCUUUAAAUACUCCUAUAUCGCAAGUUUAUUUUCAUACUGAUUCCACUAUUGUAUUAGCCUGGAUAAGAUCUCAUGCAAGCCGAUGGAAGACCUUCGUCGCCAACAGAGCAGCAAAAAUCCAGACUUUAUCUUCUCCUGUUCAGUUCAUCAUGUGA